AUGCCCCCCCUCAAACUCCUCUGCCUCCACGGCUACACGCAAUCCGGCACCCUCUUCCACGCCAAAUCCCGCGCCGUCAUAAAACACCUCACCAAGACCCUCCUUCCCACGACCGGCUACACAAUCACAACCACCUACCCAACCGGUCCCAUCCACCUCCUCCCCUCCGAUAUCCCGGGCUACGAACCAUCCACAAACCAAGGCGGCACCAACGAUGAACCAACAGAAGCCUACGGCUGGUUCCGGCGCUCCUCCACCGCGAACCCACCCCUUUAUACAGACCUGCAUUUAGGACUAGAGACGAUCGCCAACGUCAUCAAGACCGAGGGGCCGUUCGACGGCGUAGUGGGGUUCUCGCAGGGCGCAGCGAUGGCGGCGAUUGUGGCGGCGUUGUUGGAGCCCGGGAGAGAGGAGGUUAUGAAUAAGUUUGCGAGCGAGGGGAGUGUGUUUGAGGAAACGGGGGAGAAUGUGAAGGGCUUUGAGGUGCCGAGUGUGUGGUGGGAGAAUGUGAGGAGUGUAGGGCAGGCGCCGUUGAAGUUCGCGGUUUGUUAUAGUGGGUUUAGGGCGCCGGGGCCGAGGUAUAGAGGGUUUUAUGAGGGUGGGGUGAAGACGCCCGUGUUGCAUGUUUUGGGGUCGUUGGAUGCGGUAGUCGAUGAGGGGAGGAGUAAGGCGUUGGUGGAGGUUUGUGAUGCGAAGGAUGUGGAGGGGAGAGUGGUGGUGCAUCCCGGGGGCCAUUUUGUGCCGGCGCAGAGGCCGUAUCUUGAUGCUGUGGUAGGGUUUGUGAGGGGCGUUGUUGGGGAUUUCAAUGGAAAUGGGGGAAAGAAGGAGAAGGAGGAAGUGGAUGUUAAUGAGAUGGAGCUGCCUUUCUAG